AAACGUUCCACGCUGUUGAACCAGUUUAUUCACGAAUUAUAAAAUUUAAUAAAUGCAUUUUAUUCAUACCGUAUAAUAUUAUUAUGGCGUGUUUUAAAUUGGUAAAAGUUUUAUUUUGUAUUAUCAUCGGUUUAAGCCACUCGACGUCGGGUUAUAAGCUGCCGAAAAAUGACGAGAAGUGUCCAGAAGUCAGGGCCAGGAGCAAUUGUGAUCUAGACGCAAUUAAAGGAACAUGGAACGUGAUUGAGUACUACGCGAGUUCGGAAGAGGUGGAGAUCUAUAGAUGCAUGAGGUCGACGUUCAAUCUAUCGCCGGACACGCCGGAGAUUUCCAUGGACUUUACGUACAGCUAUGCGGACGACCCGGACAAUGAGAUGCUUACCGGAAACAUCACGUGGAAUAUACCAAGUUUCGAACUUCCCGGUCAUUGGGUUCACAUGGAAACACCGUACGAAGGCGUUUACAACACGUUCGUGCUGGACUGUAAGGACACGUGGGCCGUACUUUUGCACUGCGCCGAGAAACCGUCCAGUCCGAGGUACCUGUCUAGCAUCCUGUUGUCUAGGAACAAGACGGUCCCGGUAAACGUGCGCAGUUACGUGCACGACAAAUUGCCCAAGUACGGUGUCCAACUUGAAUACACAUUCCCUAUGGUUCAGGACGAUUGCAGUCCUGCCGUCAUUCCGUUGUACUACGGUACGAAAAAGGUGGACAAAAAGAUCGGAAGUAACAUAUUCAAGCACCCUAUGUUGCACAACGAUCGGGGCAAUAAGCAGCAGGCCGAAAUCGAUACCAAUAACCAAUAAUAUAUUACUGAUACUAUAUAAAACUAUCGAUUUACUUAUCAACAUAUUUUGGUAAAAUUAAUGGUGAAUAAAACGUGAUCGAUGCGUUGUACACAAAAUUAUGUCUAGACAUUUGCAUGUUAUUUAAUUAUACUUAAAAACUUGCGUUU